AUGGAUACCAAGGACUGUCCAACCACUAUUUCUUCUUCGACAUCAUGCCAAAGCUGCUCUAGGAUUACCAAUUUUGGGAUCACUUCUUCGGACACCAGCUGCCAGCGUGGUGAUCUUGAGGCCAGCAGCUGCCAACCAACUGGCCGUGUUCUGAGAACCCUCCCGCCCCGGGGCCGCCAACCUACCCGCUGCUUUGGUCCCAUGCCCACCUGCUUGGCGAACAGCUUCAGCGCCUGCACCUCUGGGGAUGACUGGGGCUGGUGCGGUGAGGGCAUCAACAGCAAGGAGAAGGAGACCAUGCAGAUCUUGAAUGGCCGCCUUGCUAACUACCUUGAAAAGGUGCGAACGCUGGAACGAGAGAACGCUGAGCUGGAGUGUAAAAUCCAGGAGGAGUGUAACAAAGAGCUCACUGUCGUAUGUCCUGAUUACCUGUCCUACUACGCGACCAUCGAAGAGCUCCAGCAGAAGAUCUUGUGCACCAAGGCUGAGAAUUCCAGACUGGUCUCACAAAUUGACAACACCAAACUGGCUGCUGAUGACUUGAGAGCCAAGUAUGAAGCGGAGGUGUCCCUGCGCCAGCUGGUGGAGGCGGAUGCCAACAGCCUGCGGAGGAUCCUGAACGCGCUGACCCUGAGCGAAGCUGACCUGGAGGCACGAGGCCAAUCUCUGCGGGAGGAGCUCCUUUGCCUCAAAAACCACCACGAAGAGGAAAUCAACUCCUUACAGAGCCAGCUGGGGGACAGACUGCACGUCGAAGUGACCGCUGCCCCUUCUGUGGACCUCAACCGGGUUCUGCAAGAAAUGAGGUGUCGGUAUGAGUCUGUCAUGGAGGCAAACCGCAGAGACGUGGAACGAUGGUUCAACCUGCAGAUGGAGGAGCUGAACCAGCAGGUGGUGGCCAGCUCUCAACAGCAGCAGAGCUGCCAGAAGGAGAUCAUCGAGCUUAGACGCGCCGUGAACGCUCUGGAGGUUGAACGGCAGGCCCAGCACCGCAUGAGGGACUCCCAGGAGUGCAUGCUGGCGGAGACAGAGGCCCGCUACACGGCCCUGCUGACCCAGAUCCAGGGUCUGAUCGAUCACCUGGAGGCUCAGCUGGCGGAGAUCCGAGCGGCCUUGGUGUGGCAGAACCAAGAGUACGAGGUUCUGCUGGACAUCAGGGCGCAGCUGGAGAGCGAGAUCGCCACAUACCGCGGCCUCCUGGAGAGCUCGGACUGCAAGCUCCCCUGUAACCCGUGUGCCACCGAAUGUGAGCCUUCCGUUUGCACGGCCAUGGAAUGCGCAGCCCCAGUGCACACGGCACCCUCAGCUCCCCGAGGGACGCCCGAGCCCUGCGGUGCCUGCAGAGCCCUGACCCACCUCCUGGGUAAAAUCUGCACUGUCACCAAGGAGAUCAAGGAUGGGAAAGUCAUCUCUUCUUACGAGCACGUGCAGCCUUGCUUCAUCAUCAGAGCUGCCCAAGCCUAG